AUGGCAACGAAUAUCACAUGGCAUCCAAACUUGACUCAUUCAGAGCGUAAGGAAUUAAGAAAACAAUCAGGUUGCACUAUCUGGCUCACUGGUCUUAGUGCCUCUGGUAAAAGUACUAUUGCAUGUGCAUUAGAACAAUUACUGCUCAAUAAAGGUCUGUCCGCUUACAGAUUAGAUGGUGACAAUAUCAGAUUUGGUUUGAACAAAGACCUUGGAUUUUCUGAGCAAGACAGAAACGAGAACAUCCGUAGAAUCUCCGAAGUUUCGAAAUUAUUUGCCGACAGUUGUACCAUCGCUAUUACUUCUUUUAUCUCGCCAUACAGAAUUGACCGUGAUAAGGCCAGAGAAUUGCACAAGGAAGGUGAAUUGAAGUUCAUUGAAGUGUAUGUUGACGUUCCAUUAGAGGUUGCUGAACAAAGAGAUCCUAAAGGCUUAUAUAAAAAGGCUAGAGAAGGUAUUAUCAAAGAAUUCACUGGGAUAUCUGCACCAUAUGAAGCUCCUGUGUCGCCUGAAUUGCAUUUAAGAACUGAUCAACAGUCAGUUGAAGAGUGUGCACUUCAAAUUUAUGAGUAUCUAGUCAAAGAGGGAUUAAUAGUACAGUAA